CAGGUUUUAGAGCAGGUAAAGGUGGCGCAUCGCCGAAGACCGCAUCACUCGGCAAUAUAUUCUUCCGCCGGUCACAUGAGUCGAGCGCCAGCAGCUGAUAAUGCCUCCAAGUGUCUCUUCAGUACGUGCAGUUAGAACUUACGGAUUGUUUUCAAGACUGAUUUACGUUGUUCGGAUAUCGACACGAAAAAGUAUAUAGUAAGAAUUGAAACAGAUAAUGUGAAAACAAAAUUUUCUCUCUCCAGUCGUGCAGGUGAAGAUGAAGAAUGGAGAAUCCUUCGGUCUUGGGAAUAUCAAUUAUAAUGAGAGAGAGCGCGGUGGCAGGCGAGCUGCGGGAGGCAACGCGCCGGGGCCAGUGGCGGCGGAAGCGGAGGCGCCGUCUGACAGGGUCUUUACUCUGCAACUGAGCAGCGGCGCAGCGGCCGGCGCGCCGCCCCAAGGCUAUGCCACCUCGGAGGAGGGCCGCUACGACCCUCACCAGCACCGGGAUCUGAACGCACCGACCACUAAUUCAGAAACACUCAUUCAUUUACUUAAAGGAAGUUUGGGAACGGGCAUUCUAGCCAUGCCUAAUGCCUUUUUAAACGCCGGACUAGUGGUUGGCUUCUUUGGUACGAUUCUCAUCGGCAGUCUGUGUACAUAUUGUAUGCACAUUCUGGUUGUAGACAUGUACUGGAAAGAAGUGAAUGUGCGCUUCUACAUGUUAAUGAUACUGGUGCCUCUCAUCUUAUUGAACUAUGUUCGUAACCUGAAGUUGCUGGCUCCUUUCUCUACUUUGGCGAAUAUAAUUACUUUUGUCGGCCUUGGCAUUACUCUGUAUUAUCUAUUUAACAACAUACCCAAUCCAGCUGAUCGGGAUAUGGUCGGAAGUAUUAGAACCUUCCCUCUCUUCAUUGGCACUACAUUAUUUGCAUUGGAAGCCGUCGGUGUGAAUUCAAAAUCUCAUGAACAUUUAAACUGUAGUGGUGCAGAAGAAAAUCAUUCAACAAUGGUUGACUUCCUAAUAUAUGGGCACAUCGCCUGGAGUUACCUGUAGGGGUCACCUGAAAUAUGAAUGAAAAAUCUCUUUCAACAGAACAUAAAUAUUAACCAAUUGAAUAUAUGGUUAUAUUUUCAUACAUUGAGAUUAUUGCUCUGGAAAACAACAUGAAACGUCCUUUUGAUUUUCGAGGAUAUACUGGAGUAUUGAAUAGAGGAAUGUCAGUCAUUGUGUUUUUGUAUGUCUUUAUUGGAUUUGUUGGCUAUGUGAAAUAUGGAGAAGGGGUAAAAGGAAGCAUAACAUUAAAUCUUGAUGAAAACGAAAAGUUAGCACAAAGUGUGAAGAUAAUGUUUGCAAUAGCAAUAUUUAUUACAUACGCCCUUCAGUGUUACGUACCUGUAGAAAUAAUAUGGGGUUCAUAUUUGAGUAAAAAAUUUGAAAAAUCUUCUCCAAGAAAACAAAUAUUCUACGAGUAUGUAUUACGUACAAUGAUUGUCCUGGUAACAUUUCUUCUUGCAGCAGCAAUUCCACAGUUGGAACUUUUCAUUUCAUUGUUUGGAGCAUUGUGUUUAUCGGCUCUUGGAAUAUCUUUUCCUGCAUUUAUUGAAAUAUGUCUCCUUUGGCCCAAGAAAGCAUUUGGACGAUUCAAAUGGAUUUUGUGGAAAGAUAUUAUUUUGCUCAUUUGUGGAUUAUUUGCACUAAUAAUUGGAACAUACACAAGCCUUCGGGAUAUUGUAGCAUCAUUUCUAUAAGUUUUCCUCGAUGACAAAUUAUCAUACAAUAUAAUAAAUAAAUAAAUAAGUAAUUUUAAAAUUGUUUCAUUUAUUACUGACGAAUAUAUAUUUUAGUAAGGUAUCAAAUACAAC